CAGUUCUCAGUUCUCAGUUCUCAGUUGUACAGUUUCUCACCUUGCGUCUCAGUCUUACUAUCUCGAAACCAAGAAGAGCUCGAAAUGGGUCGAACUGGCAUUGCAGAGGAAGCGGUUGAGACUGCGUUGGAUCAACUCUACGCCGCAGCGCCGUGGCAGCUGGGUCUGCUGAUCGGACAGAUGACUGCAGGACAACGCGACCACAUUGUCGCCAUCGUGCCGACGCCCAAGGACGAGACUGCCAGUGCAACGACUGCGACGACAACAGCCACCGAGCAAGGCGCAGGCGCAAGCAAGAAGGCGGCUGCAGGGAAGACUCCCGCCAGUAGCAACGCCACGUCAAUGCAGGCUCAGAUUGAAGGCAUCGAUCAAGAGUGGGUCGUCGCACAUGCCAGGCAGGUCCGACAAGCACUGCCAGGCGGCAUUGAUGUCGUCGGAGUGUACAUUUACGCUCCGUCGGAUCUCUCGCUCAAGACGAGCUCAACGGCAGCAAAGUUGCGCCAACUGGUGACCGCCGUCGGAGCCAACUCGCUCAACGCUGGCGAACCACAUGCAAUCACCUCAGAGCGCUAUCUCGUGCACGUCUGCUCUGCGACCAAGAAGCGGAUUGUGCGGACGCUGGAUGUUGCCGAUCACCGGGCGUCCCUGGCCACUGCCGAGUGGAAGGCGCAAAACACGUUCGCCAAGUUUCGGACGAUUUCGGCCACGUAUCACUUGGACUCGCUUGUGCCGCUCGCAGGGGCUACUGGUGACACUGGAAUGGUUGUAUCUCAAGUGAUCAAGGCUUUCAAGCCAGUACUGGCGCAGUUGGCAUCCGCCGAGACCGUAUUUGACUCGACGCUUGCCAGCACUGCCCUCGACACUCCAUUGCCCGAGUCGGCCAAAGGGCAAUCAAGCGUGACUGUUACUAUUGUGACAGCCCUCCCAUCUUUUGCUUCCUUCAACGACCUGAAGCUCACCUCAACGUCGAUUGCCACGACAACCUCCGUCUCUGUGAGCGGCGACGUGUACGUCACUGCAGUUGUGCAUCCGAAAGCGACAAUGGCCGAGGCACAACAGGCGCUUCUUUCAGACCUCGUUCGCACUACUAGCAUUCGGUUGGCUUAUCUUGCCGAGGACUUGGCCGACUCUCUCGCAGCGCAGGCAGACUCGAGUGCAAUGUUGGUGCAGCCGUCGCCAGUCCGUUCGCUGUUCUCGCUGCCUCAUUUGCCAAGUUUCCCACUCAGCGACUAUGCAUAUGAAGAUGAUUCAGCCGAGAUUCUCGAGCAACGCCUGUCCGAUUUGUUUGGCUUGAAAGUGACCGCGUUGGCUGCUGCAAGUGCUGUCGAGAAAGCAGGAGAUUUGAGCGGCUUUUUGGCCUCGUGCUCAGCACCGGCUGCAGAGACCAAGGCCAAGAGCACUCUAACAACGACUGACUCUCAAGUUUCAACCAUCACAGCAACGACGAAAGCCACCGCAACACCUGCGAAACAAGUCGCAAAUGCCGGCACUCUUCCUCUCCCCGCGAUAGUCGCGAUUAUCUUUUUGCUUGUUGCUGUAGCCAUCGGCGCUGCUCUGCGAUAAUGUGGGCGUGUUUGUCAUGCGAAACGCGAUGGAUUGUUCUCAUAAACUUUUGGUUGACCAUCCU